UGCCCACGGAGAAGGACGCGAUCGAACCAUCUUCUCUCCCAUAAGAGGCGCACCCAUCAUGCAGAAAGCCAUAGCUAGAGAGCUAGGCACCAACUGGCAACCGCCCCCCUAGUAUAGUCCGUAGUAGUCGUAGCACCGCCUUCUCCUCAUGGAGAAGGCGAGGAGGACGAGUUCACCGUCAUGGACGGCCGCCGUGGCUCUGGUGUCCCUCUUUGCGGUCGCCGGCGUGGCCGCGGCGGGGGCGCCGCCGCCGAGGAGGAUCCUGGUGGACACGGACAUGGACACCGACGACCUCUUCGCGCUGCUCUACAUCCUCAAGCAGGACCGCUCCCAAUUCGACGUCAAGGCCAUUACCAUCAGCGCCAACGCAUGGAUCGACGCCGGCCACGGCGUCGACCAGCUCUACGACAUCCUCUACAUGAUGGGCCGCGACGACAUUGCCGUCGGCGUCGGCGGCGACGGCGGCAUAUCGGAGGCUGGAGAGAUACACCCCGACGUCGGCGGCUACCUCCCCCUGAUAGACCAGGGCAUGUCGACGGUGGGCGGCUGCCGAUACCGGCAAGCCGUCCCGCCGGGACGCCGUGGCGGGCGCCUCGACACCGACACCAACGGCGGCCUCCGUAGGGGCUUCCUCCCGCAGGGCCACCGGGGGUACGCGCCGCUCCGGCAGCCCACGGCGCAGCAAGUGAUGGUGGACACGGUGUCGGCGGGCCCUACCACGCUGCUCCUCUUUGGGACCCACACCAACGCCGCGCUCCUCCUCAUGGCGCACCCGCACCUGAGGCGCAACGUGGAGCGCGUCUACGUCCUCGGCGGCGGCGUAAGGGUGGCGGGGAACCUCUUCACCGCCUACGGCGCCAACCCGUUCGCGGAGUUCAACGUGUUCGGCGACCCCUUCGCCGCCUACCAGGUGCUCCACUCCGGCGUCCCUGUCACUCUCGUCCCUCUCGACGCCACCAACACCAUCCCGGUCACCGAGGAGUACUUCGCCGAGUUCGGCCGGCGGUGGCAGACCACGCCCGAGGCGCGCUACUGCUUCCAGUCGCUCGACCUAGUCCUGAGGAGACACAGAAGGCCGGCUCCCGGCCUCCAUGGCAGCACGGGCUAUUACAUGUGGGAUUCCUUUGCCGCCGGUGUGGCUUUCUCUAGCAUGCGCAAUGGCGACGCCAAUGGCGCAAAUGACUUUGCUGAGCUAGAGUACAUGAACAUCACGGUGAUCACUUCCAACAAACCGUACGGCGUGCGCGACGGCUCAAACCCGUUUUUCGACGGCCGCGCGACGCCCAAGUUUGGUCUGAAGGUGGGUGGUGUUCACAGUGGCCAUGUCCAGACUGGGAUCAGAGAUAGUUUCUGCUUGGUGCCGGGAAGCAACGCAGGUAGAUGCCAGGAUGGAUACACCAAGGAAGUGACUGGUUCAGAAGGAGUCCGCGUUCGUGUUGCCACGAGCGCGAAGCCAAACCCGGUUUACAAUAGCGCGUUUGAUAGGGAAUUUUCCAAGAACUUCCUAGAGGUCCUAAAUCUCGCUAAACAAGCUGGUCGAUUUAACAUCAGUACGCAGUUCCCAUAUUACAGGGAAGUUCUUUAUAAGCCAGAUUUCAUAAACGUGAGCAGGGGAAAGCCAGUUAUUUUUGACAUGGACAUGAGCCCUGGAGAUUUUGUUUCUCUUAUAUAUCUCUUGAAGGCACCAAGAGAAGUUAUAGAUCUAAAGGGAGUUUUGGUCAAUGGCAAUGGAUGGGCGAAUAUCGCAAGCAUCGAUAUCAUUUAUGACAUUCUACAUAUGAUGGGCCGCGACGACAUUCCAGUUGGCCUUGGCAAUACCACUGCAAUGGGCAAUCCAACCCUUGGUUGCAACAAUGUGUAUGCUAUUCCGUUGGGCAGUGGUGGAUUUAUCGACUCCGAUACAUUGUAUGGACUGGCUCGGUUAUUGCCAAGAAGUCCUAGAAGAUACACUCCUGAAAGUACAGAUGAUCCAGAACAUCGGCAGCCACUGGCUUUUGAAGUGUGGCAGUCUGUCAGGAGGCAACUUGGUCCAGGGGACAAGAUCACUCUUCUUACCAGUGGACCUCUCACCAAUUUGGCAAACAUUUCACUCUCUGACAGGGAUGCAAGCUCUGUGAUAGAGAGAAUUUAUGUUGUUGGAGGGCUCAUCAGAGAUGGAGGUCAUGAGAAGGGGAAUGUGUUCACUGUUCCAUCGAACAGAUACGCAGAGUUCAACAUGUUUCUUGAUCCACUGGCUGCAAAAACAGUCCUGGAAUCCAAUCUGAAUAUCACACUCAUUCCCCUUACAAUGCAACGAAAAGCUGCUUCAUUCAGGGCUGUCCUGGAUGCCUUCGAGCAAACCCGGCAAACUCCUGAAUCAAAUUUUGUCCAAGAGUUGUUGUCACUAUUGAAGGAUCUUCGGAGCAAAAAGAAGCUGUAUCACCAUGUGGAUAUAUUUUUGGGAGAAGUUCUUGGUGCGGUUUACAUGGUUCAAGGAUCUGACCUGAAAUCAACUUUAAAGGUGAAGCGAAUAAGCGUCCUUGCCGAUACAAUGAAAAGCACGGAUGGGCAGAUUGUGAUCAGCAAGCAGAGUACAAAGCUGGUGCAUGUGUUAAGUGAUUUCAAUGUUGAAAUAUAUUACAAUCGAUUGGCAAAUUCUUUAACGAACAAGAAACAGUCUGCCAUCGUUGCGAGCUUUGAAGAACAAAAGGCAAUUUGGAGCAGGCCACCAAAUAAUUCAGGGCCUGGACACAACAGAUUCUUAUAGUGGUACAGCUUAAGAAGAAUUAAAAAUUAGAUACCAAAAAGUCCACAUGGAGAAUAGAAUAUUUAGUCAUCUUAGCGUCAAAGUAAAAGGAAGAUUUAAUAGAGUUACACUUUUAUGAAGGAGCGCUGAUGCGUUGGAUUCACCUUCUCAAGAUGGGUUCGAUUGAUUUUGGCACUUGAGAGAUAUUGUUUGUUUUGCUUUAAAAUUCAAGUUGUCAGUUGCCUGCGAUUC